CAAGGAAGAGGCUAAGAAAUCAAAUCUACAGGGGAAAAUGAAAUUGAAAGCCCUUGAAUUUGAAUGGAGUUUUGAAAGAGAAAGCAACAGCAAUGAUGAGGAAGUGUUGGAAGGCCUUGAGCCUCACUCAAACAUAGAGAGAAUAAAGGUAAGGAAUUAUAUGGGUAAAAAGUUCCCGCUGUGGCUUUAUAGGAUGAAAAUUCUGAGUGAAGGUGAUUCUUUCACAGAAUUCAAUAAUUUGGUGGAACUUCAAUUGAUAAACUGUGAUAGAUGUGAAGAACUCCCAAGGCUUGGACAUCUUCCUCGUCUUAAAGAAGUUCGGUUUUAUGAAAUGUACAAGAUAAGGUGUAUAGGGAACGAAUUCUAUGGCAUUGACAGUGGAAGCACAAGCAAUGGAGGGAAAAUGUUUCCAGCAUUAAAGAAAUUAUCUUUUAAUUAUAUGUGGAAUUUAGUUGAAUGGAAGGCACCACCAGUAGAUGAAGGAGGCGAAACAUCUGUAUUUUCUUGCCUUGAAGAAUUGUGCAUAAAGAAUUGUCCUCUGUUGGCAAAAAUUCCAUUAAGUGAUAGUUCAUCGCUUGUGACAUUGGAAAUCGAAAAUUGUAACGAAUUGAGUUACUUAUUUGAAGAACUGCAAGUACACUCCUUCCCCUCUCUUAAAAGCAUUGCAAUUAGAGUGUGUCAUAAAUUAAUAUGUCUUCCAGGUGGACUGAAAUCCUUCACUUCUCUGGAAUCAUUGGUAAUAAGUGAUUGCAACCGCCUAAUAUCUGUUCCCGAAUAUUUGGGAGAUUUGCAUUCUCUUCGUCUUUUAGAAAUAACACACUGUAAAAGGUUGAGUUACUUUCCAGAGACAAUACUAGGCGGCCUCACCCGAUUAAGGGAAAUAAGAAUUGGUAAUUUCUCGGAGGAGUUGGAUUCUUUCCCUUAUCUGAUUGCAAUCCAAGACCUCCCAUCCCUUCAAUCCUUAACUAUAUAUGGCGACAGUAAUUUUUUGGUUGAUGGAGGUAGAAUAAAGUAUCUGCCAGAUCAACUUCAAAGCCUCACUGCCCUAAUCUCAUUGUCUUUAUCGUAUUUCAAUGGAGUGGAAGCUUUGCCGGAGUGGUUGGGCAACCUUUCGUCUCUUCAAACCCUGAAAUUACGGUUUUGUAAGAAUUUGAAGUAUCUACCUACAGCUACAGCCGUGCAACGCCUCUCCAAAUUAAGGAAGCUCGAGAUUAAUUAUUGUCCCCUUAGUGAAAAUUGUACCCAGGGGAGUGGCUCUGAGUGGUCCAAGAUUUCUCAUAUCCCAAAUGUAGAAAUAAGACGGUUGUAUUUGUGAAUUCUCAGCCAUUUCAACUCGUUCCAUCUGUUGACAUCCAUUGUCCCUGUCGGAUGUUGUUUAGUAAUAAAUGAUCAUCUUAUGGUUUUUGAAGUCUACACAAGGGUCGUUUGCAUUGAUCGAAAGAUUAUAAGAGAGAGUUUAGUUAUUUCCCAAGAAAAUGGACACUUUUGGAUUAUAAAGCAAUCAAAUGGACAGCACAUAGGCUAUCACUCUGCCACCCGUUCACAUGUUACCAUCUCCUGCACUUAAUGUGUUUUUCAUUUCCAUUGGUACUAAGUAGAUAACGGGAAUGAUGCAGAUACAAAAGGAGAUUUUGAGUAAGAAUGGGUUUACUACACCAAGAAAGAAAAAACCGCAAGCUUCAUUUAUUUGUUUAUGAUGGAACAGAUAAAGACUUGCAAAUAAAGAAGACAAGUAUGUCUUCAUUUGUGGUCAGUAUUGAAAGAAGCUUGUUUUCUAGAUUCUCUAUGUUAUCUUGGAUAGCAGAGGGCGGAAGAUCACACUGACCUUUGUGCAGAACUUGCAGAGAUGUUUACAAAUACUGAGGUUUGUAAGUUUGUGGUGAAGUUUCUAAUGACAUAUAUGUUCCAGGGAAACACCUAAUUAUUUGCAAGUUCAUGCACUAGAAGAUACUGUUAACUGGUAUCAUUAUUACUAGCUAUCCAAUUGUCCUUACUAUCAAUUAAACAGUCUUACUUGAAAGAUCACUUCAUGUUUAUUUUUGCCGCAUUAAAUUUGCUAGCUCCAGUUGCACUCACUCUCGUGGUGAUUUCUUCACAAGGUAGCUUUGUAAUUUUAGGAAGAGAAAAUGUUGGAAGAUAGCUCUCUGCAUAAUUUCAUUGUAAUUCCAUGUUAUAAAAUCCCUCAUGACAUCAUCUACGUUGCUGGCUUCAGUUCCAGUCACUCCAAUUCCAUGUGAUAGGGACAUUUUAAGCUCCUA